UCGUAUUAAAGUGGGGGACUCAUCACUAUUCCCAUUUUCAGUGCUUCAAUCAUCCAACACUCUUUCAUCAAUUUUCAACCAUUUCUCUUCUCAAUUAUUCCUUUUCGAUUGCGUUUCAUCAUUCAUAGAUUCAACAUUUAUUGCCCAUUUGUUUGUUCCACUUCUCAGAGUUUCCCCUGUUUCUGGGUUGUGUAUACGUUCAUGCAGUUUGAGCAUUCAACGGCGUCGUUUUGCUAAUCGCAUCGAUUAACAUGACGUCGGGAACAAGGAUGCCGACGUGGAAGGAGCGGGAGAAUAACAAGAGGAGAGAACGACGGCGAAGAGCCAUUGCUGCUAAAAUAUUCGCCGGAUUAAGGAUGUACGGUAACUAUCAACUUCCUAAACACUGCGAUAAUAAUGAAGUACUAAAAGCCCUCUGCAAUGAAGCCGGCUGGACAGUUGAGCCCGACGGCACCACCUACCGCAAGGGAUGUAAACCAGUGGAGAGAUUGGACUUUUUGGGUGGUUCAACAUCAUUAAGUCCAUGUUCAUCUUACCAGCCAAGCCCUUUCACUUCCAACAACCCAAGCCCUGCUUCCUCUUCCUUUCCUAGUCCAGCUUCGUCCUCAUACGCAGCAAACCUGAACAUGGACGGAAAAUCCCUCAUCCCGUGGCUUAAAAACCUGUCUUCUGGAUCCUCAUCAGCUUCCUCCUCCAAACUCCCUAGCUUUCACAUCCAUACUGGCUCCAUUAGUGCUCCAGUUACCCCUCCUUUUAGCUCACCAACUGCCCGAACCCCUCGGAUUAAAACAGAUGCUGGCUGGGCAGGAUUUCGAUACCCUUACCUUCCAUCAUCUACACCAGCUAGCCCUGGUCGUCAGAACUUCAUUAAUGCAGAAUGUUUUGCUGGAAUAAGUGGACCACCUUCUCCAACAUAUAGUCUUGUUUCGCCAAAUCCGUUUGGGUUCAAAAUGGACGGUCUAUCGCGUGGUGGAUCUCGAAUGUGCACUCCUGGGCAGAGUGGUACAUGUUCACCUGCUAUUGCUGCAGGAUUGGAUCAUAAUGCUGAUGUUCCCAUGGCUGAAGUGAUGAUCUCUGAUGAGUUUGCAUUCGGAAGCAACAUUGCAGGGAUGGUGAAGCCGUGGGAAGGAGAAAGGAUCCAUGAGGAUUGUGUUCCAGAUGAUCUUGAGCUUACUCUUGGGAGUUCAAAGACAAGAUAAAACUUGGAAGUGUGCAAGCAAGCAGAAUUGGCUCCUACUGAUGUCAAGGUGCGAUAGCCAACGGGGUUGUGUUAAAAUGAACCAAAAGUUUUUAGGCUUUUUCACUGGAGUUCAUGUUGUUAUUAUAGCAUCCACCCCUUCCCAUCUUCCAAUUCAGUUGCUAUAUAAUGGAAGAACAGUAAUGUGAACUUUAAAAAUUUGUACCAAAAUGUAAGUUGCAGAAUUCAAUUACUCCACAUUAUUUGAAUGUUAGUUUGAACUUGAGCAAAAAAGGCAUAUAACUACUGCAAGAAGUUGGUUAUGUCUAUCUUUAAAACUA